UAAUUGAAGUAAAAAUUCUCAAUUGAGUAAUUUCUAUAUUUUAGAUAAUGACGACUACAAUUCCAGGUAAAAAAGAAAAGAAAAAGAAACCCACGUGAAGAGCAACAUCUGAACGCAUCCAAACAAAUGUCAAGAAACAAAUUCAUUUGGAACGUCAAAAGAAUUCAGUUUGCAAAAAUGGCUUCUCUGAGGAGCCCGUCUUCGCCAUCGGACGGUUAUAAAAGAUUCAGUGAUGAUUUCGCUAACACCAGUAUCAACAAUUACGGCUCGAACGUCUCAAAUUCCCGUACGGGCACAGAUGGCGGCGGUGACAGCAGCACUCUGGACAUGGGCAGUCGCUCGUCCCUCCACACGGGCCUCCACAUGUCCGAAGACGAGCAUUGGGAGAUGAACUACCACGAGGCAGCUAUUUAUUUAGAGGAAGGUCAAAACAACGAAAAGUUCGACUCCCAUCCAUCUAGUCCCGAAGAGUUACCAGCCUACCUCAGGGUACACAACCCCUGGUACCAUGGCCUCGAUCUACUAGCUUCAUUAGUUUUAAUAUUAUUGGCAUUCACCGAAGACCCAGCCGUUCCCACAUUUGAGCUUCCAGUAUGGGCACACGGUACUAUAGAAUUAAUGGCGUUAACUGUGAUCGGAAUAGAGCUACAUCUGAAACUAAAAUGGAUCGGAUGGAGCACCAUACUUAAACACAAGAGGACCAUGUUAAAGGGUAUAACCCUGCUAAUAAUGGUGCUUGAAGCUGUGGUAGUGCUAUGCCGGCAAUCCUCACACUUCAGAGUAACGAGGGCGUUGCGUCCUAUCUUCUUAGUGGACACGCGGCACUGCGGCGGAGUACGGAGGUUCAUUAGACAAAUUCUGCAAUCGUUACCACCGAUUAUUGAUAUGUUAGGUCUAUUAAUGUUCUUCGUGGCGACUUACUCGCUUUUAGGAUUCUAUUUAUUCUCUGAGCACGUAGACAAUGGACACUUCCAGACGCUUAGUGACUCAUUCGUUAGUAUGUUUGUUUUGCUGACUUCGGCAAACUUCCCAGAUGUGAUGAUGCCAUCUUAUGCCAAGUCGAAGUGGUACGCACUAUUCUUCAUCUUGUACAUAAUCACCGUUCUCUACGUCUUGAUGAAUUUGAUGUUGGCCGUUGUUUACGAGACCUUCACCCGGAUCGAACGCGAGAAAUGUCGCGCGCUGUUACUGCAUCGCCGCGGCGCUACACGUCACGCCUUCCGACUGCUUGUCUCACGACGAGCGCCUCACGCAGUCCGGUUGAGACACUUCGCGGGACUCAUGAGACAUUACGCGCCGCAUUACAAUGGUCUAGACGUGUACCUAAUGUUCAAGCACCUGAACCAGACCGGCACAGGGGGUCUCUCCCGGGCGGAGUUCGCGAACGUGUACGAUGUGUUCGCACUGCGCUGGGCGGCGCAGACCGCGCGCGCUCCGUGGUACGCCGCGUCGCCGCUCGAGCCCAUCGCCCGCGCCGCCGCCGCCGCCGUGCACUGGAAACACUUUGAGCAUCUUGUCUAUGCCGUGAUCGUGUGUAAUGGCGUGUCGCUAGUGUGGCGACUGUGUCAGAUCAACGAAAACCUGCAGACGAGUGCACAGCUGCUCUGCGCUUCAUGGGACACGUGGCUGUUCUUGACCUUGUUCCUGAUCGAAGCGGCCCUGCGGAUGAUGGCCUCCGGACUCGCCGCGUACUUGGAGAGCGGCUGGAAUGUCUUCGAUCUCAGUGUUACGUUAUUAGCAUUGAUGGGUGCGGUGUUGCUGUCGAUCGCUCCUGGGCUAUUCAUCGUUGUAAUAUUUAGGCCUCUCAGGUUAAUGCGUCUCUACAAGCUGAAGAAGCGGUACCGUGAUGUCUUCGGAACUCUAGUGCUCCUGUCUCCCCUGAUGUCAUCGGCUGGCUGCGUGAUGCUGGUCAUGUACUACUUCUUCUCGAUCAUCGGGAUGGAGCUCUUCGCUUCUUAUCAACUAAAGAACUGUUGUGUGAAUACAACGGUGGAAGACUUCUACAAGUACUCGUCCAAUAGCUCGACCGCCCUCGGCUACUAUUACCUGAACAACUUCGAGAACCUAGUCACGAGUGGAGUCACGCUCUUCGAACUGACAGUUGUCAAUAACUGGUUUAUAUUGAUGAACGCGUAUGCCAGUGUCGCGGGACAGUUCACCAGAAUAUAUUUUAUGGUGUUCUAUCUGUUCACGAUGGUGGUGUUGACCAUCGUGGUGGCGAGCGUACUGGAGGCAUUCCGAUUCAGGAUACAGUACAAGAGGAGCACAACUAAGAGAGACGAGGAGAAACUCCUGCACGAGGAGGUGCACACGAGCUGGGAGGAAGCCCAGAGACUCGGCGCUGCCGGUACCCUGGCUGACACUCUGCGCCAACACCUGCCCCCCGGCGUCGAGGUUACCUUUAUAGGUUCGAGACCUCGUACCAAAGAGGUCCUGCAGCGGAGGAUGUAUCAGUCGGAGAUUCAGAAGUGGCUGGCCGAAGAAGACGAAAAUGAGGGCGUGCCUCCAUCGACAACCAUAACGUCAAGCGAGGAUCCUCUGUCGCCGCCCCUCAUCCACCAGCCUGACUCCGAGGACAAUCACCAGCCCAGGCCGGCGUACCAAUUGUAGAACAUGAUUCAUAUCGCGUUAUACCACAGACUAAUGUUUCUGUGGGACGCGAUCAAAGACUUGUGAUUAUCUGUGGGCAAGUGCAGUGCGACCUCAUUGGUCGAAAUUUAAAAACAAAUGGCAACUAAUUUAGAAAAAAGCGGAAAGAAAAUGCAUGCAGAUAAAAUUAUUUUAGUUCUACAAGCUAAGAUAUUUUUAGUAAAGAAAUUAAUAAAUGCUGCUAUUAAUUGUUAUUUUUAAGCUAAUUUAAAAUGAAAUAUUAUGUAAAUAAAUAAUUUUAGUCUUAGGUGACAUGGAGCAGUAUUUUUUGCUUUAAUUUUUUAAGUUUUUAUUUUUAUUUAUUCCUUAAUAUUUUGUAAACAAUUGACCUCGUGAUAUAGGUACAUAAUAGAUGAAUUGUUUAUUAUUUAUGAUUUGUUAAUUUUGUUAUUUUUAAGAUAUCGUUUAAAUAUAACUGUCUCAUGGGCCGCUGGAAAUUGAACUUACUCUUCUGUUUUAGAUAAUAUCUUUUACGUUUAAAUUAUUAGCGAAAAAUCAAUUCCAAAUUCAAUUUAAUAUUCAUAUUACUUGUUAUUCAUAUUAUUCAUUAUACAUCAUUCAUCAAUUGCCAUAUUGAAAAAAAAAGGAAGAAAAGUUGUGUUUCUUUCUUCCUUAUUUCUUAGUUGUCACGCCACGUUCGGAGGAUAUUUUUAUACGUUAAUGAAUCUACAUUGAAAGGCCUAUAUAAUUCGCACGUGGAUGGUUUUCCACAAAAUGCGAACAGACAGCCAAAUCUGAGCUCUGACAUCAACACUGGCUGUGCAGCUUAGUUUUUUUAAGAUAAGGGAAAUAUUAAUCAAACAGCCUUAACUUUCCAGCCUUAAAAUUAUGAAAUCGAAGCUGUCAUGACUGGUCCAAAAGUCUUUAAAUUAGAUUUUUACAUGAUUUUUUUAUUUAUCAAUGACGUAUUCAGUUAAUAUUAUUUAUUACAAUUAAAAUACAACAGGAAACUAUCACUGAAUACUUGAUGUUCAGAUUAAUUUUAACGGUAUUAUUACGUUGUAAAUUGUGAAAACCAAUCUAUUACAAAGUACACAAUAAUAUUAUAUUCUAAUAUAACAAAUGUUGGCGGUAAUAGAUAAGGUUAUGUAACGAACUUCAGUUCUCAUUUUUAUUGUUUGAGAUUAAAUAUUGGACAUCUAAUAUGGAGGGUAGAAAUAGGGAGCACCAUCUUGUAUUUUUUUUUUAUUUUUUUUUUUUUUAUUGCUUAGAUGUGUGGACGAGCUCACAGCCCACCUGGUAUUAAGUGGUUACUGGAGCCCAUAGACAUCUACAACGUAAAUGCGCCACACACCUUGAGAUAUAGUUCUAAGGUCUCAGUAUAGUCACAGCGGCUGCCCCACCCUUCAAACCGAAACGCAUUACUGCUUCACCACGGCAGAAAUAGGCGGGGCGGUGGUACCUACCCGUGCGGACUCACAAGAGGUCCUACCACCAGUAAUUACGCAAAUUAUAAUUUUGCGGGUUUGAUUUUUAUUGCAUGAUGUUAUUAUUCCUUCACCGUGGAAGUCAAUCGUGAACAUUUUUUGAGUACGUAUUUCAUUAGAAAAAUUGGUACCCGCCAGCGGGAUUCGAACACCGGUGCAUCGCUACACACGAAUGCACCGGACGUCUUAUCCUUUAGGCCACGACGACUUCAAAUUGUCUGGGGGCUAGUUGAAAAAGUGUCGACCUGUAAACAGCAAGUUAUUGUUGGAAGACUCACCGAAAUGGCGCUAGUGUAGGAAAUGGAAAUGACAUGAAUAUAGCAGUUUUAAACCGGGUUGAAAAUUUUAAUAUUUUCCCUGAUUUGUGUAGUAAAAAAUAUGAAGUAUUUAAAAUUUCAAGUAUUUAUUUUUAUUACUAUUUACGUUGGAAGUGUUUCUUUCCGUGUUAAUUUAAUACCCUAUAAUAUCCAAAAAAAAAAAAUUUUUUUAUUAAUAAUAUGUCUGGCCUUUUAUGCUUUUGAUGUCGAGAAAUAAUAUUAAUAAAAUUACAUUCAUUUUAAAUAAGUGUAUUUGUUCAAUGGCUUUUUUGCAAUAUUUUUAUUGUGAUUUCACAGGAACUAAAGUGGGUGGUGCAUUUACGUUGUAUAUGUCUAUGGGCUCCAGUAACCACUUAACACCAGGUGGGCUGUAAGCUCGUCCACCCAUCUUAAGCAAAAAAAAAAAUCCUCAAUAGUUUGUGGCGCUGUUUUUAAAAUCUUUCCACUUUCUACUGUGGCGCCAUCUUUCUGCGAGUCCCUUUCAACGGACACUUUAAUACACUGAAUUGGUUGCUCUUUACUUCUAUCCUCCUUAACACAUAAAUAAAAUGAUUGCCAUAAAGCGUAUGGCAUGAAAAGGGCUUGACUCAAUGAUAUUUUAUAUGUAAAAAAAAGCAGAUAUGUUUCAAGCGCACGUCAAGUGAAGACUCGAAAACAGGCCAAUUGGGACGUUUCGUCUUUAGUCGCGUCUAAACAAAUGCAAUAAUAAUAUAACAAGUGCAAUCGUUCCAAUUAUAGCUAUCUUUUUUACUCACGCGCUUUUCCCAUCUUUUGUAAUUUUCAUUAAUGCUACUUGUCAACAUGUGUGUGCACUAUAUCGGUAGGUAUGUAGAUAUAUAUGGCGCGAUCAGAUUUGAAGAGUCAGUUACUAUGAAGAUAACAUAUCUGUUGUAUAAAAAAUCAUUGGCUUGACCGAUAUAAAAUUGACACUUAAAUAAAACCUUUUCCUAAGAGAAAAUCAUAUUGAAUCUUUUUUUGUUAACAACGAUAUAUAUUUUAUAUUUUUUGAUAGCUUUUCUAAGAAUAAUUUCGGGUUUUUUAAUAUAUUUUAUUGCAGCUAAUAGAAAAACAGAUACAGUGAUUGCUAUGAAUUUAUCAGUAGACUCCGUAAAAUACUGUAUCAACUCGGUACAUAUCCAAACACGGAGAUGGGUAGCGAAACUAAUUGGUAACAUUAACUUAGUAAUUUCUUCAAUGUUCACGAGUCGUAAACACAAUCUAUAUAUUAAUACGUGAAGCAAAAACUUUGUAUCCCUUUUUACGAAAAUUGCGCGAAAGGAGUAUGAAAUUUUCCACACUUAUAGAGAAUAUAGAGAAGAAGUGCACAAUGCCAAUAUUUGUUUAAAAUAAUGCAUAAAAGAUACAUUAAAUCAAUAAAGGAAACAUUACACACACUACAUACCACGUAUUUGGCGCACACACGCAUGCAUACUAUUUAUUGUCAAACUUUUGUUCUUGACGUCUGUUGUCAAAUUGAGAAUAGAAUAUGGUUUGUCUUUGUUAAUAUUUUUUAUAGUGUAGUCUUGGCGAAAUUUGUGAUUAUAGAAGUAUAAAAUAUAAUCAUAAUAGUGUACAAACUUACAAUUCCACUUAAUUAUAGUCGAAUUUCGACUACUGCGGGACCUCUAGUUAAAAGUAGUUUUACAGUUAAAUCUCACGUUUUUUUUUCUAUGGUCAUUGUAUUAUGUCCACGUUACGAACACUUUCCAGUAUUCGAGUUGGUUACAAGUAGCUAAGACCACAAAAACGCGAGAUUAGAAAUCGUAAAAGUACUAAAUCACUUAUUACUGGCGAUAGAACCUCUUGUGAGUCCGCACGGGUAGGUACCACCACCUCGCCUAUUUCUAGUAAUGCGUUUCGGUUUGAAGAGUGGGGCAGCCGUUGUAACUAUACUGAGACCUUAGAACUUAUAUCUCAAGGUGGGUGGCGCAUUUACGUUGUAGUUGUCUAUGGGCUCCAGUGACCACUUAACACCAGGUGGGCUGUGGACGCGUCGUCUACCCAUCUAAGCAAUAAAUAAAUAAAUAAACUUUAAAUAUUAACAAAAUAAAUAUUAAUAAAAUAUUAAUAGAUAAAUAUCAAUAGAGGCGUGGGGUCGGUGACCUGUACCGCGGGAAUAAAUUCGUAAUAGUUGACAGGUUUUUGAAAUAUGAAUUUGAUAAAGCUCUAAGUUUAUUUUGUUGACGUCCAGAGAGACAGAGGACAAUGAUGACAUCCUCCUUGAAGCAAGAGUUUGAAGUCUCGAUUAUAAAAUAAUAAAAAUAAGUUUUAAUUUCAGAACAUAGAAAUUACAUAGACUUGUUAGUAGCACGCUUAUAUUUAAAAUGUUAGUAAAUCUAGGUUGGGAUUGGAAACAGUGGUAACACGGCGGCUUAAAGCGUUGGUUGAUCAAAUAUGUAAGCAGAUGGCAUGCUUAUAAAAUGGACUGCCUAUUUUUUGUCAUAACGCCUUCACCCAGAAGUCGAAUGUUGUAGGUCCGCGCUCAUACUUAAAUAGUUUUCAAAUGGAAAUGCUUGAGUAAUUCAAUGAAGAACUUGCUAGCAGAUAACUCUUGGAUUUGUAAGUAGGAUACACAUUUUACCAUAUGUUUGUAUGUAUAUACUUGAUAGGUAAUUCUUGCAUCCACGACGUGUUUGAGUCGCUAUAAGAAGCUUUGAGUGAGAUUAAAUAAGUUUAGUUAAUGCGAGUGUGUACGUGAUAAGUAUUUAAUUUGGUAUAGUUGAAAGUUAUAGUGUAGGCAGCGGCUUGGCUCUGCCCCUGGCAUUGCUGAAGUCCAUGGGCGACGGUAACCACUCACCAUCAGGUGGGCCGUAUGCUCGUCUGCCUACAAGGGCAAUAAAAAAAAUAAAAAUAAAAAUGAAAAUUAUAUUUUUCUUCUUCGGUUUUUUUUAAAGUACUGUGUGGCAGUGGCUGUAUCAGAAACAUUUAACAUUGAAAAUAACUUAAACUAUUUAAUUUAUGGCCUGAUGCAUGUGACAAUAAUGGCGUACAUAACAUUGGCAAUUCAUCGGCUCGAAGAUGGAAUACAAUAAUAAUAAUAAAAAAAAGAGAAUACCUUUGAGAUUUGAGAUUCACUUCAUACUUUGAGAUUCAACCACAGAUUUUCCCGAGUAAUGCAAAUAAUUAAAACUACUUUUACUGUUUGUUUUCUCUAUCGAUUCGGUGGUAGCGUAAGAGACUGUUUUAGCUACGCCCAGACGGGUAGGUGAGCUCACGGGUUCAACCUGAAAGAAUUUGCUAAAACUAGCCCUAGAGAGACUACUUCUAUCACGAAAACUGUAAACUAAACUGGAAAUAAUUCUAUGAAAGUAACAAACGCGAGAUCAAAAACCGUAAAAGUAGGUUUAAUUAUUUAAAAAAAAAAAUUGUUGUAUUUAAAUGGUAUACUUUCAAAAUUUUGUGAAUUUGCCACACUACAUAUAAGCUAUCAGCGCAAAAGUGGCCUAAUCCACAAUUUUUCAUAAUCAUGUUUAUAAUUAUGUAUAUUGCAAUUUAUUUAAAAUAUCAUAAUUUUGAUGCAAAACCGGCCUAUCCAUAGUUUCAUCCAUAGACAACAGAUGGCUUUGUAAAUUAUUUUUGGGCGUAUUUUUUUUUUUGCCUACUCAAAUUUAAAUUCAUAAAAACUUAAACCUCAUUUCUCCAUAAUAACUAUGGUAAGCUUAGGCCACUUUUGCUCUCAAAUAUAUUAAGUGUAUAAUCUAUGGCGCUGACGGCCUCAUAUAUGAGUCGACUAUUAUCAAAGCCGGCAAUGUGACUUUUGGACAAUUAUUGGUAAAUCAGAAAAACGAAUUAUUGACUUUGUAUUCCAUUGGCAGUCACAAAACUCUUCUGAACGACAUCUUAGAUAAAUAACAGGUUAAGUAUUGACCUUUAUUUAAUGCAGGUUUUGAACCGUAUUCUUUGAAGGAGACGAUUAUAUUCAAAUCAAUCUGUAUUGACAUAUCAAUAACAUUUUUUUUGUCCAAAUGCACAGAUUGCCACCUUUGAUAAUAGACGACUCAUAUACAAUACGUGUCAGUAUUAUGUUUUAUUAUACGAUUUUAUUUUCUAAACAACUUAUGAUUUGUUCAUUAAAAUAAUGAAUGUUGCAUUUUUA